AUGAAUAUGUCAAUAGAUAAAAAGAAAUAUUCCUCGACUUUGCCAACAAAUUGGCCGACUCGGGACGAAAUUCCACGAAAAAAUUCAAAUCCACUACCUCCAUCAUCAGGAAAAGUUGAUGUUUACUAUUAUAGUCGAGGAGUAAGGAACGAUGCAUCACUAGUACCUCCAAUAAGACAAACAGCGUCUAUUUUCAAACAACCAGUUACGAUUUAUAAAACACAAGACAGGAAAGUCAGCAAAGAUGUCAAGCAUGGUGCUCAGGAUAAACCAAAACAAGAAGGAACUGAUAAAACUGACAGCAAAUAUUGUUCUCAAGACAAACCUAAACAGUUAUUCUGGGAAAAACGAUUGGAAGGUUUAAGAGCAUGUGAUCCAGAUGGUUAUGAAUUCAACGGAAUGGAUUUACCUAAAACCCUAAAACCCGUUGGACCUUACAUAACCGAAGAAACUCUUCUUCAAAGUGUAGCAACAGCUCUCCACAUGUCUUCCCAACCAGUCACCGGACAAACCGGCUCCAAAACUUCAUUAGAAAAAAAUCCAGGAGUAUUUUUAAAUCCUGAUCAACCUCUCGUGCAGUUUAUCAUUUGCGGUAACGAUAGCUGACGAAGAUAUUAAAAAGCAAGAAGACCGAGUUGCUAUUGCCAGGAAGAAACUUCAAGAAGCAUUACGUUCUUAA